ACGGGAGGCGGAAUUAAUGAAUUCCAUUGACUGUUUAAAUCAGAUACCCCCUCCCCAUUUAAUCGGUCCAACCCUAAACCUCUCACUUCCUUUCUAUGUCCGUCGACUCCAGUGGAAGGACAGUGAGCUUCGCCUGUCAUCGCCCUUUUGUUAAAUAAGGCUGUAUUCCACGAGGAACCGCCGUACUCCAGACUGCGUGCGCCUUUCGCGAGAGCAACCCUGCCGCUUAGAUGGAUACAGAUAGCCUACGUGUCGUCUCAGCUUCGAAAAUAAAAUAAAUGUUUUUGGUGCAUGCGCUUUUAAACGUGCGCCUUGUUUUACUUUAUUUCUUUUUUUUACUCUUCAUUUAAUAUUUUCUUUGAAAAAACAACAACCACAACGUAAAACUGCGGUCUCAUAACGCUGCCUCACGGUACGAUACUAGCUCUGAAACACCUGCACCGAAGACCGACCAACCUUCGCCUGAACCAAGACUGCUUCGACUUCGCAUUCCGGAGGAUUUGACUGGUGUACGACAGCGUCACAUAUCUCAUAUCUAAAAGGUCCAGGAUGAUGGGCGUGGCCCUGGGCGUGGUCCUGGGCGUGUUCGCAGGAAGGCCUGUUUUCCUCUCCGUCGUCCUGCUCCUCGCAGUGACGCUGGGCUCCGGUUCGGGGCAGCCCCAGGUGAGGGAGCACAGGGUGACCCGCCAGCCCACGCGGGAGCGGCUCGGGGGCGACGCCCUCCUGCUGUGCUCCCCGCCCCCCUCCCAGCAGCAGGACGGCCCCGUCCAGGACCCGCCCACCGUCAGGUGGACCAAGGCGUGGGGGCAGCGGGGGGGCGACGACGGGGAAGCCCCGCAGGAGCAGUCCGUGCUGGUCGCCCGGGGCAACGUCCUGGAGGUGACCAAGGCCUUCAUGGGGAGGGUGUCCCUGCCCGGUUACCACGGCAACCGCUACAACGCCACGCUGGCGCUGGUCGGCCUGCGCUCCAGCGACUCGGGCGUGUACCACUGCGAGGUAACCGUGGGCGACGAGGUGGAGCACAACACCGUCCCGCUGGAGGUCAAAGGGCUGGUGUUCCAUUACCGCUCUCCGCGCGGCCGAUACGCCCUGUCCUUCGCGGACGGCCAGCGCGCCUGCCUGCAGAACUCCGCCGUCAUCGCCACGCCCGCCCAGCUGCUCGCCUCCUUCUACGACGGCUACGAGAACUGCGCCGCCGGCUGGCUCUCCGACCAGACCGUCAGGUAUCCAGUCCAGUCACCGGGGCCUGGUUGCUAUGGAGACGGGGACGACUCACCUGGCGUGAGGAGCUACGGUGGCAGGGACGCGGACGAGCUGUACGACGCGUACUGCUUCGCCGCGGAGAUGACAGGUGAGGUGUUUUUCUCCUCUGCCCAGCAGAGGUUGACCCUCUCCUCAGCCCGGUCCCGCUGCAGGUCCCUGGGGGCGGAGCUGGCCACAGCAGGGCAGCUCUUCCUGGCCUGGCAGGCGGGGCUUGACCGCUGUGCCCCCGGCUGGUUGGCCGACGGCAGUGUCCGUUACCCCAUCAACCAGCCCCGCCCCGACUGCGGCGGAGACAAGCCCGGCGUUCGAACCCUGUACCGCAGCCCCAACGGCACCGGUUACCAUGACACCUCCGCCCUCUUCGAUGCGUACUGCCACACAGACUCCGUCGCCGGGCUGGCUGAUUGGCGGACGGGGACCCCGAGUCUCGCCGCUCGUAGACCGGCGGUGUUCUCGGGGGCCGGGGGCCCGUCGGCCCUGACGGGGGCCCCAGGCGGCUGGGUCAUGGGGAACGGCGGUCUGCCGCUCGGUGUCGCCGCCCUGGGGGACCCGCCCGGAGGUGCGCCGCCCGCUUUAGCGGCUGCCGUCGGUCACCGUAGCGAUCCAGGGAGUGCACCGCCGGGGCCGGAGGCGGUGGGAGGGGCCAAAGUGGAGGUCCCGCCCACCUCCCCAACAGACAAGCUGGAGAUCCAAUCGGGAUUGAGCAGGGAUCUGGAAGAGGAGGAGCCAGGUCGGGCCUGGAGAGAUGUGAUUGGCGGGUUGGACGGUCAGCAGGACCCCUCCCCCACCACGGAACGACCAACCGCCGAACCAGCCUCUGACCCGCCCGUGACUGUGACCGCGGGGUCCUCAGCUUCGCCAGAGGCCGAAGGAGAGCUGCCACCCGCUCAUCGCCGUGGCGACAGCGCGGAACCGCGAGCCGGCUCGGGCAGGAGCGACACCGGCCCGGGACAGCCCGUCUCAGAGGAGCAGGACCGCCGGAACCCCAAAACGUCCGCUGGGGGCACUCCGCCCCCCAGCCACGUGACCGUCCCUCCAGACCCCAGGCUCUCCUCUGAGGCUCCGCCCCCCGUGGACACCCUGGCCCCCUCUGAGGUUUCGGACACGCCCCCCUCCACCCAUCCAGCCACGGCCCAGCUCCCCGUCUCAGGUGCAGAAGACACGCCCCCCACAGCCACAGACACGCCCCCCCAAGCCCCAGGAGAGGACCGCCCCACCGGCACUGAGAACAGCUCCCUAAGCCCCGCCCCAGAUACAGGCGCCUGCCGGUCGAACCCGUGCCAGAACGGGGGCACCUGCAUCGACAAAACCGAGUCCUUCAUCUGCCUGUGCCUGGCCAGCUACGGGGGAGCCACCUGCGACAAAGACACUGAGGGCUGUGACCGCAGCUGGAAGAAGUUCCACGGUCACUGCUACAGGUACUUCACCCACCGGCACACCUGGGAGGACGCCGAGAGGGACUGCAGGGAGCACGGCGGGCACCUGGCCAGCGUCCACUCAGCCGCCGAGCAGGACUUCCUCAACGGUUUGGGGCACGAGAACGCCUGGAUCGGCCUGAAUGACCGCACGGUGGAGGAGGACUUCCAGUGGACGGACGACAUGGAGCCGGAGUAUGAGAAUUGGCGGGAGAACCAGCCGGACAACUUCUUCGCGGGCGGCGAGGACUGCGUGGUGAUGGUGGCCCACGAGGACGGGAAGUGGAACGACGUGCCCUGCAACUACAACCUGCCGUACAUCUGCAAGAAAGCUACAGUGCUGUGUGGACAGCCCCCUGCCGUGGACAACGCCUUCCUGAUUGGCCGGAAGCUUGCGCGUUAUGACAUCCACUCCGUGGUGCGAUACCAGUGCGUGGAGGGGUUCCACCAGCGCCAUGCCGCCACCACCAAGUGCCGCCCCAGCGGGAAGUGGGACACGCCCAAGAUGGUCUGCACAAAGUCCCGGAGACCGCACCGUUACCGUCGCCACCACCACCGGUCUCGCCGGGAGCGCAGGAAGCACAAGAGGGCUCACCAGGGCGGCGCGGAGGGCCACGCCCACGACUGAGGCCACAGCCAAUCCCGUCUCCCGCGCUCUCUCUCCGGCACCGCCCCCUGCUUUUCCCACCCCCCUCUCCCCCGUCCCUGUCCUGUAACAACUCCAACACCCAGCCC